UCUUCUCUGAGAAAGCCAACUUCUCCCAACUCCUCUCUCUCUCUCAGUUCUCUCUUCCUCUCUCAGCGCUUUCUCUCUCCAUCGACCACCACCACUCUCUUUCUCCCUCUGCUGCGAAAACCUAAGCAGUACUCUCUCCUUCUCUCUCUGCAGUCGAUGUUAGGGUUUGGUGAGGGGGUUCUUGAAGGUGAAAGAGAGGGUUUCUCCGUUAAAUGCUCUCUCCCUUCAACAAUCUCUCAGUUCCCUCUGUUUUCAUGUCUUCAAUCGACGUCUUUCUCUUCUCCUCUGCUCCUUCUGGGCCUCGCAAAACCCUAUUUCUUGGUUUCGGUUCCGACUUUUUUCACAUACUGCCUCCUCAUUCUCAAUCCUCUCACAGGCAAAAUUCGUGCUUUUCUUUAGGUGUUUCUGGGAUUUCCAAUUCGGUUCUGUGCGCAAAAAAUGAGUGAUUCUAAGCUAUUCGUUUUUGGGUCAUUCUCUGAAGAUGAGACCAGGUCAUUGCUGCAAAAGCAAUCACCUGGGAAGGCUGAAAAGCCUUUGGAAAAGAAUGUAUUGCAGUUUGGGUCUAUAAAUUUUGUUACUAAAAUAUCUUCGGGUGAAUGUAAUGGUGAAUCAAGCAGACCACAAAAUUCUGUGAAAGGGCUCAGCAAAGUUCAGCCUUUAAGUUCACUUAAUAAGCCGAAUGAAGUGGAGGCUGUAAAAGCAGCAAAUGAUAGUUUACCAGCAUCUUUAACUACUCCUACAGAGAAUGGAUGUACUGAUAAUUAUAAAAAUGGUUCUGCCCAUAGUAAUGGCGUGACAGAGGCGACAAUGGAUAAUCUUGAUGUAGCUUCUUUACCUUUAUCCAAUAACGCAGGUGGUCUCUCCAAUCAAUUUUCAAGUCUGGAAUUGCAGAACAGAGAGCAGAAUGGUCGUGUUGAUGAUUUAUCAGCUUCUAAGGUAAAGGGGGAACUACAGAAGUGUUUGAAUGGGUUUGUUACAGUUUCUACGGUCUUGCCUCGUGGUUUAAUCAAUUCAGGGAUUUUGUGCUUUCUCAAUGCAACGCUACAGGCUCUCUAUCCUGUUCUCCUUUGUUCAGCUUCUGCAGGAAUUGAGAACUCGCAAAGUGCCUAAGGUCUCUAUCUGUAGCAAUGGGGCUGGACUAUUCAAAACUGGUGCACAUCCUAUAUUAGAUAACUCUGGGGGGGAAGGAGGAGGGGGAGAUGAGAUUGUUUGAGGGGGAGUAUAGGGAAACUUGGAGAGAAGCUUUCUCUGUUUUUAACCAUUGACCAUGUGAAAUAUAAACUUGCGGGAAACUCCAGGGAACUUAAGCUCCUGUGGCAUCCUAUCAAAGUUUGUAGGAUAGGGAUGGCCAGUCAUUAGCUUAAUGUCCUACCCCUUAGUUUGGCAUCUUGAUCUUGAUCUUGGUUUUUCUUUCUUUUUUUCCUGCAGAGGAAAGACGAACUUUUUUUUAGAGAAGGGUGGGUGACUAUCAAAAAGCAUUAUGUCAGCCCUCCAAGGUGGUGGAAAAAAUUUCAUCUUCAAGAUGGACGCAGACUUAUAGUCAUCAAUUUGUUGCAACUUCCUCCAGCAUUAUACUGAAAUGCUGGAUUUGGAAUCAAAUUUUGUUACUCUUCUUUGAGCCAGCAAUUUUUAUAUUGUAUUUCAAGGGAUAUAUAUGAUGUCAUAGUCUGACUGAAAGUUGUAUUAAUUUAUACCGAGCCGUCCUUAGGUUGGGGUGGUUAUCAUUAUCAGUAAAGAAUUUUGUAUCUAUAAUUUAAAAUUGCAUUAUAAUAAGGUGGAAAAUGUGAAAUGUGCAUCGUAUCUCAAUCUCAU